GCGAGCGUCGCUGGGGGCAGAACAGGGGUGUCCUGGGAGCACGUGGGCACGUUUGGAGUUGGUCUCGCGCUGCUCCAGCCAUGGAAGACGCGAAGCCCAGUGCCGGGCAGGCGGCCGAUGGAGAAGCCGGAUCCGAAUGGAACAUUCCGCCCAACGCGCCCGCUUGCAUGGAGCGGCACCUAGACGGGGCCCACUACCGGGCAGAUGGUUCCUUGCUGCUGGGAGCAUCCAGCUUGAGUGGACGUUGCUGGGUGGGUUCCAUUUGGGUAUUCAAGGAUCCAUCAAAAGCUCCAAAUGAAGGCUUCUGCUCUGCGGGUGUUCAGACUGAAGCAGGAAUAGCUGAUCUGAAAUGGGUGGCAGAUAAAGGCAUCCUGGUAGCUUCAGAUUCAGGCGCUCUGGAGCUUUGGGAGCUGGAUGAGAACGAGACUCUGAUAGUGAACAGAUUCUGUAAGUACGAGCACGACGACAUUGUGACUACAGUGGCUGUGCUCGCCAACAACAUACAGGCCGUCACUGGCAGCAAAGACUUCAGCGUGAAGAUCUGGGACAUCCCUCAGCAAACAGUGCUGAAUACCUACAGAGCUCAUUCCGGUCAAGUGUCAUGUGUGGCUUCCUGUCCUGGAAAGGAGACCAUGUUCCUCUCCUGCUCUGAGGACAGUAGGAUUUUACUCUGGGAUACCAGAUCCCCAAAACCAGCAACUCGGAUUGCCUGCAGUGCCUCUAGCAAUCUUCCUACCUCAUUGAUGUGGCAUCCACAUCGAAAUGACACUUUUGUAUUGGGUGAUGAAAGCGGAAUGGUUGUUCUUGUGGACGUAAAAAAUGCAGACUCUGCCCUCAGCUCACCUGUGCACUCCCGAAGCGUCACAGGGUUUGCUUUCUCCAAACACAGUUCCCCCUUGUUGGCUUCCAUCAGUGAAGACUGCUCGGUAGUUGUUCUUGAUGCCAGCUUUUCAGAAGUGUUUAGAAACCGGUCCCACCGGGACUUUGUGCGAGGCUUAUCAUGGUCACCACUGAACAAAAGCUCCCUGACGACGGUUGGAUGGGACCACCAAGUUCUACAUCACACAGUUCCAACACAGAAUAACCAUCCUGCUGGGAAAAACAAUGUAACUGCAUAGUUCUUGUGUGUUCUCCGUGUGGCUCCUUCUCCCUGGAAUAGAAUCUCUUCCCCCCACUUUUUUUUUUUUGGUCAAGCUCUGGGGUUGAGUGUGGCCUUUGCAGUCAAGAAGAAAGGCUCCAUAGCAAAUUCAUGUUAGAUGAGCACUAACUUCACACCAGCUGCUUGUUGCAGCCAGUCAGAUUCUGCAGCUAACAGAAGCCUUAAGGUGUUGUAGCAGAACAAUACAAACUACAAGAGAACUGACUUCAUUUGUUUUAAUUGUUGGGAGGCGGCUAAAAAGUAAAAAUACAUUAUAGAGAAGUGUGUUUUUGUUUGUUUUUAAUGUGAAAUAAAACAUUGCAAUAAUUUCCAGGCUUAUCUGGCCAGCUUGUAAUUGGAUUUGUGCUAUCAGAGAGUGAAAUACUUGUGCCAUAAGGUACAGAUUAGUCAACUCAAAAGAGAUGUGCUAAACUUGCUCAUGUUGAACCUCACACACACCAUUUGUCCCGUCUGUGGUCUGACUUGCCCCACCUUAAGGAGAAAGUGCACUGUGAUCUCCAAUAGCUUCUUGCCUGGGAAUGGUGGUCAAUAAGAAUGGAGGCUAAGUGCUCCCCUUGUGUAGUUGGGCAGUGUGACUGGCAUGAAUUAAGAUCUGUAGUGCCGAAGUUUCAGAAUGUUGCAGAUUCUGAUCAGGGAAGCAUUGGCAACAUGGCAGGAACAGACACUUCCUCUUGUGGUUUGUUUUUGUGAUUUCUUGGGUAGCUCUGUCCCAGAAAGCUUGACAGUCUUGCCCUGCACCAGAUACCUGCUUGACUAGUUCUGGGUGCCCAGGGCUCCCUUGGAUUUAUGCUGAUCUUUAUCCUAUGGCAAAUUAAGAAUGCCUGCAAUGGUGGCCUAUUGCUUAAAGCAGGACUGGGCGAAGGGUGGACCAAAUAUGACCUUCAACAUCCCACUAUCUAAAAAUGGCAGUUCUGCUCGAAAACCAAGCAUGUGGCAAGGGUGUGCCUUGUUUUCAAAGAAAAGAUCUGUUUUGUUGGCAGCCGCUUCUGUGGGAAAUCUGAUGAUGUGUGGUGGGGGAACCAAAGUUGCCCACCUGCCUUUAAGGGAAGCAAGAAGCCUUUGGAUCCCAUGAAGCAUUACCUUUCUAAGUCCACUCAUCUACUCCAGGUGAGAUCAGUUUAGGAGGUGGCACUAUUACCUUCACCCAUUUAACAGCUGUCAGAGGAGGCUCUUUCCUUCCCUGGCCAGUGGGUAUGUAAUAUGAAAGAAGGUGUACUCAUGUAAGUUCCAGGAAGCUCAGAAGUUACAAGUUGCUUUUUGGAUGCUGCACAUUCCUCAGAAGCAGCACUUCAUUGGGUGGGCAACUUCUGGCCCUCAGAGUGUUUGGCCUAUAACUUCUGUGACUUCUCACCAUUGGCUCUGCUGGCCAGAACUGAUGGGUGCUGUGGCCCUUCAGGUGUUCUGGCCUAUGAGUUUCCCACGCUUGGUUUAGUUACUGCUUGGGAAUCCCCUGACACUCCAAUUAGGCUUGACCAUGCAGUCCUAUGACUCAAUUCCAAAGUAAAUUUGAGUUCAGUGGGAAAAUGUACAUAGGAUUGCAGUGUAAAGCACUAAGGGCAGCCUCAUCCAAUCUGUCCCCCAGAUACUUUUGGGCUACAGCUCAGGUUUCCUGAGCAUUGGCCAUGCUGUGUAGGCUGAUGGAAGUUGAAGUCAAAAACUUCUGGAAGGCACCAGGCUGAGGCAGGCUGUGCUACAGCUUAGCUUUUAGGCUGUAUGCCUGGGAGAGGGGAGAAAGCAGCACUCAUCUUAAAAUGUUGCUUCAUUUAAGCACAGAUAAAUGCGUGAAGACUGCUCAGUGGUUCUCAAGCCCUGUAGGACUAACGGUGUGUAAGCCAGGUGUAGAGUUUUCUACACGAGCCCUCCGUGCCCCCAGAUUACAUUAGGUAGAGUGACGCAGUAGCUGGCAAGAAGCCACUCCUCAAUAUGCAGUUGCUGAUCCUUCAAGCAGGUGUGGAGACUGGCAAGUUCAGUCUUUGCAAAUUUUACAUGUUAACUACUGUGUGAAUUCCCAACUGCUGGUUGUGUCCACAUUUGUGUUUCGAACAAGUAGGCUAAUUUGCUGUUGUAUGUGCAUUUUUGUCCAUUAUAGUAUCUCCCAUGUUUCAUGAUGGCGUAGAGGAUGAAUAGUUGGCAUGGUGAUGUGGCAUGUUGUGGUUUUGUAAGGG